AUGAAAGAAUUUGGUAUUUUAAUUGCAAAGACAAUAAUUAUGCAAGCUACAAUAAAUGAUGCAUUUUGUGAUGCAUUCUUCAAGUUACUUUGUGGAGAAAGAUUCGAUUGGACUGAAAUUGAUAAAAGUUAUGCAAAUAUGUUCAAUAAUCCCGAGAAAUUGAUUGGAUGUGAUCUUGCUACCUUUAACCUUGGUGAUGGAGAUAUUACUGAAGAAAAUUGUCAAUAUGUUUUAGAACAAUUCAAGGUUGAAAAUUAUUUCAAAUAUGUUCUUGAAGAUUUUAUCCAAGGCUUUGGUACUGUUAUGGCUCCAAGUGCAUUAAAAUUGUUUUCAUCUGAAGAAUUAAAGCAAAUCAUUUGUGGAAACAACAAAUACAAUUAUACAAUUGAAGAUCUAAGAGAGAGCAUUGAUUGUUCGCAAGGUGUAACGCCUAAUAUUCAAAAAUGGCUAUUUGAGAUAUUAGCGGAAUUUGAUCAAGAAACUUUCCAAAAUUUCCUAAAAUUUGUUACCGGAUCUCAAAAAUUCCCUCAAAACGACUUGAAGAAACUCAAUCCUAAGAUUAGCUUAGAUAAAGGAGACCAAAAUCUUGAAGCUUUCCCAACUGCAAAGACUUGCAUGAGAAGAAUCAAGAUCCCUGACUAUCCAACUAAAGAAAUCUUGCGUGAAAAGCUACUGUAUGCUAUUUCUAACAUCGACAAUAUGCAGUUUGGUUAUGAUUAA